UGCGAUAUUGUGCUAGCUAAUAAAAAUUUAAAUAAAAGAGCCUGAAAGAAUGUUAUUAACGCUGCGUGUGCCGAGAUCCCGCCUAUAUCUGGGCCGCCAACAGCAUCGUCGCCUCUUGGCCAGCACCGCUCCCGAGGAGGCCAAAAGACAGGCAACACAACACCCCUUGCAAUUGGAAAUCAAUGGAAACACGUACCCCACAGACAGCUGGACGAAUGUGACCCCGAAGAUAUUGUCACAUCUGGGUUUGAAUAAGCAUCUGCAGCGUGAUCAUCCAUUGUCGAUAAUACGACAGCGCAUUGUCAAUUAUUUUUAUGGUGCCUAUCGCAAUCAGCGUGGCAAUCCCUUAUUUUCCGUCUAUGAUAAACUUAGUCCAAUAGUCACGGUGCAACAGAACUUCGACAAUCUACUCAUACCCAUCGAUCAUGUAAGUCGCCAGAAAUCGGAUUGCUACUAUGUGAACCGCGAGCAUUUGUUGCGCGCCCAUACGACGGCUCAUCAAGUGGAGCUGAUUUCGGGUGGACUGGAUAACUUCUUGGUUGUCGGCGAGGUGUAUAGACGGGAUGAGAUCGAUAGCACACAUUACCCAGUGUUCCAUCAGGCGGAUGCAGUGCGUCUUGUCACUAAGGAUAAGCUGUUCGAACGUAAUCCUGGUCUGGAGCUAUUCGAGGAGACGUGGAGUGGCUCGCUAGCAGAUCCAAAACGCAUUUUGCCCUCAUCCAAGUGCAUGGAUCAGACAAAGCAGCCGUGUCACACUCUAGAGGCUGUCAAACUGAUGGAACACGAAAUGAAGCACGUCCUGGUGGGCCUUACGAAGGAUCUCUUUGGUCCCCGCAUUAAAUAUCGGUGGGUGGACACGUAUUUUCCAUUUACACAGCCCUCGUGGGAGUUGGAAAUCUACUUCAAGGACAACUGGCUGGAGGUGCUUGGUUGUGGCAUCAUGCGCCACGAGAUUCUGCAAAAGGCGGGCGUUCAUCAGUCGAUUGGUUAUGCCUUUGGAGUGGGUCUGGAGCGAUUGGCUAUGAUUCUAUUCGAUAUUCCGGACAUUCGACUGUUUUGGUCGAACGAUAGCGGCUUUCUGUCUCAGUUUAGCGAACAGGAUCUACAAAAUCUGCCCAAAUACAAACCUAUCUCACAUUAUCCGCAAUGCUCAAACGAUUUAUCCUUCUGGCUGCCAGCCAAUGUGGAGAUCGAUGCUGGAUUCUCAGCCAAUGAUUUUUAUGAUCUAGCGCGCACUAUUGCCGGGGACGUGGUGGAACAGAUAAGUUUGGUGGACAAAUUCAAGCAUCCAAAGACGGGCAAAACCAGCCUUUGCUUCCGCAUUGUUUAUCGGCAUAUGGAACGCACAUUAACUCAGGCUGAAGUAAAUGAGAUACAUAAACACAUAGCUGACGCCAGUGUGGAGGCCUUUAAUGUGCAAAUACGCUAGUCAUAGUUAAAUAAAAU